UCAGCCUUCGAGAUCCAAUACCCCAUCCUCACACUCUCCAUUCCCCCCAUACACGCCCACAACCCCACGAUCGCAGUAGGCGAACAGCUCGACUCCCUCGUCAUGCGCUUCGUUCCCCCGCUCAAUGGCGUCCUCGUGUCACACGGUCAGUCGUACUUCCUCGUGGACGAGGAGAGAACCGGUAGCAGGGCCAGAGGAAGCGCGCUCAUCGAUGGAGAUGGAGCAUUCGCUACAUCAAAGGUGGCAGUGGAAUGCUGUGUCUGGAGACCGCGCGUCGGUAUGAAGCUCAGAGGUGCAAUCAGCCUUGAGGCGCCCAGUCAUGUCUCUGUGCUGGUGCACGAGACGUUCAAUGCUAGCAUCCCCUCGAGUCAUAUGGGCAAGGAGUGGCACUGGGUGCACCGCAGCGAGCAUGAUGAGGAAGAAGUGGACGGAUCAGGGGGUGUGGCCGGGUAUUGGGAGCGCAAGGAGACGGGCGAGAGGCUGGGCAGUCAUGUUGAGUUCGUCGUCAUUGGCUUGACCAUCCUGGCCAACGUAGGCGGUGGUGGGGGCCACACGCUCGCCCUCUGCGGGUCAUUGCUGGACAGACCCUUCAGC